AUACUUGAAACUUCAUAACUUUGACUGUCAACAUUAACUUUCUUAUUUAGUCGAUUAAUUUUUCUUCCAAGGUGCUGAGCGAAACUAAUUUGAGCUUCUUAUUAUUUUCAUUUUGCAAAUGCAAAAUACUGAAUAACAUUCGCUAAUGGUGCAUAGUGAUAAAUUAGAACAGACCAAAUAUGCUAACAUAAAAGUGAUAAUGGUGUUUUUAUGUCUACUAAAUCAAAUAUAGUAUCGCGGUGGCGGGUUGCGAGCACGGCGGGGGGGCGGGCGCGGGCGCGGGCGGCGGGGGCGCGGCGGGGCGCGGCGCGGACACGAUCCGGCGCGUGAAGGUGAAGAUGUCGUCGGUGUCGGCGCAGGGCGUGGUGGAGCGCGCGUCGGCCGAGCUGUCGCGCCGCAUCACGGGGCUGGGGCUGCGCGGACGGCGGCGCUCGCCGGGCGUGGUGGAGCGCGUGGCCAACGCGCUGUGCGGCCCCGCCGCCGCCGCGCCGCGCGUGCGCCGCCGGCGCCCGUCGCCGCGCCCGCUCGUCUGGACCCAGUACGUCCAGGAGGAACGCUUCCUCGAAAAGUUCUUCCUAUAUUUCAACUCGAACGAGCGACGGACGUUGGCCCAGGUCUGCACCAAGUGGCGCGACGUGCUGUACUCGUCCCCGCGGUGGUGGACCGGCCUGGUGGCGGUGCUCGACUGCCGCGAGCUCCGCUCGGCGACCGGCUUCUGCAUGCAGAGGUUCUAUAACUCCUUAGUUAGAAGAGGAAUCCGCGGGGUUGUGUUAGUUUCGGCUAGUGAUGAUGAUAUUAAUGAAUUUAUAAGGCAAUUUCCCUUGUCGGCUCACCACGUCCACGCUAUUAGCCUGAAAGGAUGCACGAUAACAGAUAGAGGGCUCGAAGCUAUCUUGGAUCACCUACAGGUACUGUUUGAACUAGAACUAACUGGUUGCAAUGAAAUAACUGAAGCUGGUUUAUGGGCAUGUCUAACUCCACGGAUUGUCUCACUCACGCUUACUGACUGCAUUAACAUUGCUGACGAAGCCGUAGGAGCAGUGGCACAACUCCUGCCGUCUUUAUACGAGUUCUCACUUCAAGCGUACCACGUAACGGACGCGGCACUCGGCUACUUCUCACCAAAACAGAGCGCUUCGCUCAGCGUGCUAAGGCUGCAUAGUUGCUGGGAGCUCACCAAUCAUGGCGUCGUUAAUAUCGUGCAUUCGCUCCCCAACCUGACCGUGCUGUCGCUAAGCGGGUGCAGCAAAGUGACAGACGAGGGCGUCGAGCUUCUAGCUGAGAACUUGCCGCGACUCCGCAGUCUCGACUUGAGCUGGUGUCCUCGCGUCACUGACAACGCGCUAGAGUACAUCGCCUGCGACCUCAACCAUCUGGAGGAGCUGACUUUAGACCGUUGCGUGCACAUAACGGAUAUAGGCGUGGGCUACAUCAGUACGAUGCAGUCGCUGGUAGCCCUGUUCUUGCGCUGGUGCUCACAGCUGCGUGAUUUUGGCGUGCAACAUCUGUGCGGUAUGCGGUCGCUGCAGCUGUUGUCAUUGGCCGGUUGCCCGCUGCUGACGUCAGGCGGCCUCUCAAGCCUGAUCCAACUGCGCCAGCUCCGAGAGCUCGAGCUCACCAACUGCCCCGGCGCCUCGCCCGAGCUCUUCGACUAUCUGCACGAGCACCUACCGAGGUGCACCAUCAUAGAGUAAACUCGUCAAUUCUACAGGUACGCGAGGGAGAUUAUUUUCGUUGCAUUCGAUCCCACUAAUGAGUUGUCUUGAGGAGCUAAAAUAUAAGAUCUACAAAAAAGAUGUUUACAGUUUAUUAUAGAAUCCAUAGGCUAUGCUACGGUGGCUCAGGUGGGGGCCUUAUGCUUGUUUGCCGCCAUUGAAAUAGUGUUACUGUUAGGUACUGAAGUAAAGAUAUUUCACCAAAGAAUAUCUAUCGUUCAUUUAAUUUUAUCUUAUGAAUGUGAACGGACGAUUUCAACCGAAUCACAUUCAUAAACGUAUAAUGUUUUGCAAGUUAACAAGCAUUAGAAUUCGGCCAUUCUUUGAUGGAGUUAGGAGGAAGAUUGUAACGAAAAUAAUUUUGUCUCAUCAUAACGCCACUGGCAAAAUAGUGGCGUUCUAAUUGUGGAUUGUGACCAAGAGAACGAAAAACCGCUUCUGCACGAUAUGUUAUUUUUCUUAGCAAUCUACUGCAGAAGUGCUGAUUUGUUCUUUUGGUCUAAAUCUACGUAUAACAACAAAACAAUACAAAAGAAAGUAUUUAUAAUUUUACGACGCACGUAUUAUUUGUACAAUGUAUUUCUGGUCCUCUAUUUUUUAGUUAGUUUGUUGCUAUCUUUGGAUUGAAUGGCAAUAUAAUUAGUCAUGUUUUUAUUUUGUUUAUUUAGGUAUAUAAUUAUACUAGAAAAUAAGGAUAAGUCAAUUUUAGUUGGUGUAAUUAUUUAGAUAUGUUACUAUAUUACUGGUUAAAUAAUUCUUACAGACUUGUUGGUAUUGUUUGUUUUGCAGAACAAUACAGAGCACCUAUGCAAAACACUCAAUAUAAAUAAGUUUUAACUAUUUGCUCAAAUUGUUUCAUAUUUUAUGUCAAAAACCGCGUCUGAAAAGAAUAUUAUAAAGGUAUUAAUGUAAUAAUUUACUAAUCAGCUUGUACAUAUUUUAAUCAAAAUCAGAUAUAAAAAAGUAUAUAUAUUAUUUGCGUGAUUUUUCGCAGAUAUGAGUAGAUUAUGUACUGAAAAUACUGAAAUGCAUCUACUAUAAUGAAAUCUUUUAAAAGAGCCUAAAUGUAAUCAUGUAAUUUAACCGUUUUUACCAGUGUAUUUUUCUUCUAUACCAAAACAUAAGUAAUUAAGUAUCAUGAAUUCAUGAUGUAUUGUAUGUGUACUUCCUUUGUAUUUAUUAAAUUCUAAAUUACCACCUCCUUUAGAAUUUCGACUUCUCAAUUGGUACGUAUUUAUAAACUUUUUGUAAAUAAGAUCAGCAUUAUCGAACCCUUCAGAAAAAGGCCUCUGUAGUAUAUGUGUAAUACUGAAUGGUUAUAAUAUUUAAGACUUUCUUUUCCGAUUGAUGACUUUAGUGUGCAGCACAAUAUUCCCGGUUUCAAAAAUUAUAACGAUUUGUUCUUUUCUCGGAGAGAUCCGGGUUUGGUGGGCAUAGGUCACGAAAAGAAAAUGAUUUCAUUGAAAGCGGCACAUGUAUAACACUACUUACUUCCUGUAUAAUAGAUGUAUACUUGUAUAUUUAUUACAGACAGUUUAAAUUUAUCAUUUAAAAUUUCAUCCUCGACUUUACGUUGAACUAUUUAUCCACUCAACCCAACAGAACCGGAUCAUGUAAAAAAUAACUAAUUUCGAAUAUUACACUAAAAAGUAAAGACUAUAAGUAAUUAUUUUCGUAUUUAAAAUCUAGUCAACAUUUUGGGAAGUUCAAUACAUUUAAAGUGCAAUCAACGAGAACAAAUUAUGAUUUUUUUUGUGUAACUCGUUGAAUUUUUUUACAGUUAGUUUUAAUUUAAGGUAGAAUAUAUUAUAAAUAAGUUUAUAAAGCAGCUGAAACUUACAUUGACAAGAUUUAUCAUCACUUUACUUAAUAAAAAAGGUAUUUACAGCGUUGUAAAUCGUUACAUUAGGUACAUUUUAUGGUUCUUGCAUUUAUUUGUAUGACAGCACCAUUACGCCAGCGUAUAGCACAUUGUUUUUCUGUGAGUUACACGUUUUGUAAUGUACAUUUCAGUAUUUACAUGUUUUUGGCCAUUUUAUUUAUAAUAAUCAAAUGAGCGUACAAUAUUUUUAAUUUGUCGCUAUACCGUCCGAAGUUGUGAGUUUGAGUGUGUGUGUGCCUGUGUGAAUACUUAAGUUCAAAUCCAUACGACGGAAACGUCUGAUACCUUGUGUGUGUUAGAAACCCUACUUUUCCAAGGUAACGUUUCUAAAUGUUCGUCUGUAUUCGGACUUAGAUUAUUAGUUAAGUGGCGAUACUCUGCACAGACCUGUCGUAUCCUAGACUAAAACACCGAGCAUAAUAUUAAUAAAUGGCACGUUUCUUUAAAACAACGGUAGUCAACCUUUUUUAUGAGAGCCACAGAGACUUGGCUUGCCAUAGUUUUUUUUUAAUUUGAUAUACAGUUGGACGUAUAUCGAGAUCACCUGGCAGAGCGUAGGUUGUAUACCGCUGCUCUAAAACAAACAAGGCCUUAAAUCUUAAGUGUAAUUUUCGAUUGAAACUAGUACCAUAUGUAGCAAAGCGUGUAUUGAUAUUGAUACACAAGAACCUUCUUGUUUGUUUUCCCUCAUUCAUUACAUACAAAUUAGGUUUAUAUGUAUCGUGUAUAAAAUAUAUGCUCUCUCGAAAGAAGUUCUCUCAAAGUUUAAUCAAGUGUUAUUUCAGGCAUAGUAUCGUGUUAUAUGUUAGUGAAGUACAAUAGCAAGGUAUAUCAUCGAUCAUGGCCGAAGCCCAGCGUAAAAUGAGUUUAAUUUAGAGACGAACGUUUAUGAAACUGAAUGUAAUGCAGUUAAAAUUGAAAUUUCAACGAAAAUUUAAAUUCUUAAUGUAGAGAGAAAUAUACAUUUUUAACUUCAUUAUUUUUGUCUCUAAAUCUUUGCAGCUAGUGAGCGCCGGCCAUAUCGUUAUCCUGUGGUAAAAUAUCGGUUCCCAUAGCAAUAUUAGCAGUAGAUAAAGUUCCUUAUUAUGCCUGAGGUAUCACCAAGUGUAUUCUCUAAGGGACGAAUGUCCGAAGACCCGAGUAGCCAGCGACGACGGUUAAACUGGCGCAACAUUGCCGAACUUCGCUAGACAUGUCUGGCAACUAGAAAUGUCUCGCUAGUGUGUCUAAAAGCGACACGGGUCUGGAACAUAUAUUUGUCGCCUGGUGCAUCCCUGAUGUUAACGCUUUUACCAUUUUGCUAUAUCGGUUUGAAUUUUUCUAGUCAUGGAAUUAUUUAUACCCAAACAAAAUGUAGUUCUUAGCGUAUCCUAUUCAGUAAUCCUGUGACAGUUUUAAAGUAGUGUGUAUUGAGAACAUGAAAGUAUGUAUCCUUAACGCGUGUAGUGUGUUUAAAGAUUUGCAAUAACAAUAUAGACUGGGGAUUCACGUAGACAGACUGUUAAUAGAUUUAUAUACUUACUACUGUACUGUAGCAACAAGUCAAGGCAAAUUAGGAAACUAAAUAUUAUUGUUUACUUAUUUAGUAACCGGUCAUGUCCUACAUUACCAUUAAAACAGCAGGCUUGUUCUUUAAUUGACUUAAGUUUUAUAUUUGAAAUUCUGCAAUAAGAUCUAAAAUUAUGAAUGAUGUAUUUCAGAUACAUAGCUGAUAUUUAUUCAGGUGGACGUUUUCAGAGCGGCCAUGUACCGUAAAGUUAUCGAUUCAGUCACAAUAGUAAUAUACUUUGAUUACUUUGCUUUGACUUGUGGCGCUUGAGUAAAAUUAAAAUAGAUACCUAAAAUAAUGCAUAGUAACAGACAAAAUUUAUAGUAGAUACGUAAUUGAAAGGAAAUGUUGGUUUGAAGUUGCCUUUUAGAGUGUCGUAUCAUCUGUGGUGGGAUAGCAAUAUGUCAAUUGUAAUUUGAACUCGAUAACAUUAUAAACAUGCCAGAAUGUCUUCGGUAAUAGCUGCCUAGUCUUAGUUGUAGUAUCUUCUAGUUCAAAUUUCAUUUUAGUAACUCUUGUUAUUAAAAGGAGCAUGUAUAAUCUAAACCAGAAUAUAAUAGAUUUAACUAAAAGCUUUGGAACAGUUUUUAAAGGAAUAUGACAUAUUAGGAGACAGGAUUAUUGAGAUCACAGCGCCUAGGCAAGGUGUCACUCGUUUGUGCCGUAGCGAACGAAACUACAAACUCUUCCAUAUUUUUGCAACAUAGAUGCAUAUUAAGGGUUUGUUUGCUUAUGGCUCAGACUUAUAGGCAUCUUGGCUAGACCUACAGUAUUUGAACAACUGGACCAUGGAUGAUAUAGGUAAAUACGGCGUGUUUUGUAUAUAAACAAUUAAAUUAGUAAAAUAAUAUAGUGUGUUACGUAUAUAAAUCUCACAUUGUUGACGAGACGAGAUUCCUUCUCCAUUGCUUUAUAACGGUUGUAAUGAACUUUAAAAGCAAUACCUAAAGUUACUUACCUAAUAAUUCUUGGUUUUAAAUUUAAAGGUCCGUGCCUGUAACAUUUCUUGUCUUUAAUCAUCGCUAAGCUGUAAGAAUUGUAUAUUGUAAAUGCCGGAGAUAUUUUUGUACAGCUUCGAAUCUUCAAUUAGUCAUAAGAAGAUGUGUUUUGCUCGAAUAAAUAAUGUUCCCUGUAGACAAAAUUGGUGUCUACUUGAACCCUGAGUUGUGAAUGGGCAACUAUUUUCCGUAUGUUUAACGCACCUGCUACACUUUUAUUGGCGUCAGUGUAUGUUCUCCCUUUAAUAUAUUGUAUUUAGUGAAUCCGAAAUUACACCCGAUUUGUACAAUACCCAAGUGAGAUGUUAUAGUGCAAUAUAGAUGUAUUGUUUUACCAA